CACGCAGACUACUCCAGGAUUAUAUACACCCCCCACCCACCCCUCGUUUGUCACACAUUUUCAUAGAUUGCGCAUUUAGCCACCGCGUACAGCACAGUAACCGCACAGAGUUUCAAGAUACUCCAAGAAACAAAGGUUUAAAAAUGGCCAACUACAUUCACGUACCCGACGAGGCUCCAGCUGUGCCCAAAAUAGAUGUGACAGUUGACGAGAGCGACUACAGAUCCGGUGCACUGAAGCUGAUAAAGGAGCUGAGACCGAGCUGGAAGCCAUCUGAGGUCAAAGUGAAGUUUUUCACAGACGGAAUAACCAAUAAGCUUCUGGGCUGCUAUGUGGGUCCAGUCAUGCAGGAUGUGGUUCUGGUCCGUAUUUAUGGCAACAAAACUGAACUGUUGGUUGACCGGGAGAACGAGGUGAAAAGUUUCAGGGUACUACAUGCAAACCGCUGUGCCCCACACCUAUACUGUACCUUCAAUAAUGGCCUGUGCUAUGAAUUUCUGCAAGGAACUGCCCUGGAGCCAGAGCACAUUCGCAGCCAACCUGUUUUCAGGCUCAUUGCCAGGCAGCUGGCCAAGUACCACGCUAUCCAUGCCCACAAUGGCUGGGUGCCACAGUCUGAUCUGUGGCUGAAGAUGGGCAAGUACUUUGCUCUCAUCCCCAAGUACUUAAAGGACCCAGAGAAGAACAACAGGUUGCGUAUGGAGGUGCCCAGCCCACUGUGCCUCCGAGAAGAGCUGGUGUGGCUCCAGCAGAGCUUGUCGGUGCUUGGCUCCCCCGUAGUUCUCUGCCACAACGACCUGCUCUGCAAAAACAUAAUUUAUAACCAGAAGGCAGGCAAUGUAAAGUUCAUUGACUACGAGUAUGCUGGGUACAAUUACCAAGCCUACGACAUUGGGAAUCAUUUCAAUGAGUUUGCUGGCCUGAACGAGGUGGAUUAUAGUCACUACCCAGAUCGGGCCUUUCAGCUGCAGUGGCUCCGCUCCUACCUGGAGGCCUAUAAGGAGCACAAAGGCCAGGGCAAUGAAGUGACUGACGAAGAGGUGGAGAUUCUUCAUGUCCAAGUCAACCGAUUUGCCUUGGCAUCUCAUUUCUUCUGGGGUCUCUGGGCUCUGAUUCAGGCCAAGUUCUCCACCAUCGACUUUGACUUCUUGGGAUAUGCAGUCCUGCGCUUCAACCAGUACUUCAAGAUGAAACCAGAGGUGGCUGCGCUGAACUUACCCGAAUAAAAGCCCCCACUCCCUCAUCUUCUCUUCCUUCUGCUCUUCCUCCCUUCCAACCUGCUUUGCGCUUCACAUGACGCCUGCAGAGCGCCCUCUUGGGGUGUGUGUAGGGAAGAGCCAGACUGAGAGUCUGUCCUGUUCAGUGCCUACAGGGUCCCCCUCUACAUGUCCUUAUCUCUAUAGAUUGAAUAGACCACAUACUUUGUCCAUCAUCUGCUGUCACACCUUUGUUAACAAGGAGGUAGCCCAAGCCAUUUGUACUGUGGGCGCGUGUCAAGUAGAGACUUGAGACCUGCUAUAAUGUGAAGCCCACAUAACUGAAUUUAGUGUGGUCAUUUCAAUUAUUCUAAUAUCAAUUAACGUGAUAUCAGCGUAUUGUAUUUGUAAGCAGCUUUUCUCAUAGCUCAGAUCACUUUAAAUACAUUGUAGGUGGAAUGUCUCCUCCUUCACAACCAAUACAUAGUAACCACCUACCUGACAGGUGGCUCAAACACUAAUCUGAUUGCCUGGAGACACCUUCCUCAUAUGCACAUUCAUGAGGAAAAACCCUCAAGCGCCAGCCCAGCUACCAACCAAAUUUAUAAUGACAUGAUAGCAAUACAAAGCCUUUGUUUGCUGAGGAACCAAGACAAAAACAAGUAAACAAAAAAAGAAGAAAUGCAAACACGGAAUCCCAUGUGAUGAGCCACAAUAGGCAACAAAAAAAAAAAACUUGUGGUUGCCUUGUGACUCUUGUUUUCACCCGUAUUUUUCCAACAUCCUGUGCAUGGGUGGUGCGCCAGAAUAGCCAUAUAGUCAUUGUUGCUGUGUAGUUUGGUGAGGGCUUGUGUGUUUUGGCUUUCUGGACUGAAGGUAGAAACAUCGAGUUGUAGGAGAGCAUCUUGUGUUUACAUAGUUGAGCACUGAGCAGUCUUUGACUCGAGGGAGAGUUUCACUGUAAUGUAAGUUUUUACUGUUUGUUUAGACACUUGGAUUUUGUCUAAAUCUUUACUGGGGACAAACUUGCAUCUCACUGUAAUUUGAACAUUCCAUGUUCAUAAUGGUAGACAGGAAAUAUGGUCGUAAUUCAAAUGGUAAGUCAGCAGUGUCGGUGACUUCAUUGGGACAUCAACUGUAAAGAUGUGCUGUACAAAAUGAGACCAAACCAUUAUAUUGUCUGCUUCAUGUCAGGGAAAGUAUGGGAAUCAUCUUUGUUAAAAAACACUGCUGUUCAGUCCAACUGAACUAAGGACUGUCCAUUUUAUACAAUUGUAGACCAGUUUUCAUUCAGUUGUGUUAUGAUAAGUGUAAUAUGGCCUUGCUUACUGUCAGAUUACUGAGCCAUUGUUGGCAUUCGUCAUUUUAAGCACCCAAUGUUGAAAUGAAGGUCUGUAGAAAAGUGGAAUUUUUGCGAAAAAGAAAGUGGAGCUGGUUGUCUCAACUUGGCUAAGUUAGACACAUCUGUGUUAAGUUAAAAAACAUGUAAUGAAAGUCAGCUGUUAGUGGGACCUGAGGAGGAAGAGCACCAUCUUCUGGAGAAAAAAAAAAUGGCUGCUGUCAGUAACUUGAUAUUCACCUUUGACUUUCAUGUUAAAUGUUAAUGUUUUUAAAAUGAGCUUUAGAAGGCCCUUUAAAAACUAAAACAAGUCCAUCUCUUGGUUACUUUAAUAAGCUUACACCAAAGUGCUGACAUUUGUUUUUUUGCUUGUACAUAAUGCACACUGUAUCAUUUUCCAUGUAGCACAAAGAGAAUUAGAAUGACAAUUAUGACUUUUGAUACUUAUUUAAAUGGAAAUGUAAAAAGCUGAGGUCUUUGAGAGUGUGUGGAUGUUUGCUGAUGCAGCAACAGAUGACUCUUGGGCAAAUGUAGCACGUUUUAAAAAAAUAAAAUUAAGAGAACUUAAUUUACAUCUCUCUGACCAAUUUAAACAAACAUCACAUGUAAAUGUGGUGAAACAAGUUUUCUUGUUUAAUCCAAAACAGUUUGCAAGUGACAUGUUUGCCCAGGUGGUCUCUGUUGUAGAAAGUUUGCAAAGCUCUGUGAAGAGACCAUUUUUGAGAAGACUGGAUCGUGCACUCAUGUUAACGCUCCAGCACAUUAGUAGCUAAGCAGUAAACAUUGAAGUGUUAGUCUGCCUGUGAAAGCUUAUUUUGUACUCACAGUUUUGAAGUUUGAAAGGAUAGACCUGUUACUUCACUUAUGUCUUUAAUUCUGUGUCGCGUGUACUUCAGGCUGGUGAAUUAAGAUGGAAGAAUUAAGAAGUAGUUUGAGUCGGGCCUAAUAUGAAUUUGAAAUGUAUGUACAUUGGCUUAACAUAAAGUUAAUAUAUGUUAAAAUCUUCCAUGAAAGUAUAUUUGAUGGUAAACGGUUUUGAUUUGGUUUGAGUCGUGUUGGAGGAACAAGGAUAAUGAUUGUCACGUUUACACAUAACAUGCAUAAAGUAAGGCUGUUAGUCAAAUUUGCUUGCCACAUAAUCAGAAUUGUCAGAAAAUUAAAUUAUACUGCUGAAAUAUUUACUAUAGGCUUUAAUUCCUCAUCAAUCUGAAACAAAUGAAUGGAAUUUCAUUUACAUCAUACAUGGGUCAUGUUAGUACUGCUAAUAAUCUCUACAUUUUUACAAAUGUGUGUUUCGUAUUUAACAUUGUAUAAAGUCUGUCCUUACAUCUCUCUGGCCACUUUAGCUUAUGUUUAUAUGUACAGUAAACAAAUGUAAUAAUAUCUUUGCUUGUUCUCAAAUGUGAAUGAAUGUACAUAGAGGGAGUUCUUUUAUUUUUUUUGUUUUCUAAAAGUUGCAUUAAAGUGAAUAGUUGCCUGGGGUAAAAAUGGGUGAAAUAAAAAAAUUACAUUUUCAAUACUGUAAGCAAAAAAAUAAAGUCUAUUUACCCUUA